UGAGUGAGAGAAGUGAACAUAACCUAAACGUGUCAAGUGUGACAGGCAGACAGGAUUUUUGAAAACAAAAACAAAUGAUUAUGGACAGCUAAUUAACACUGAAAUCAUAAAUCAUACCUACACGGGCAAAUAUUGAAGGAGUUGGGCCUAGAUACAAAAAAGCCCGCCAAAAUGAUGCAGCAAUAUAUGAAAGAAUUAGAGCAGGAGCCUUUUGAAGCUGAAGAGUUUGUAGAACGGUUAGCAUGGAGAACUAUAGCAGAAACAAAACACGAAGGCUCUGAUGAUGAAGAUUUUAAUCCUACCCUGUUACAUGAAUCUUUUGUGCAAGCUAUCAAGGACUUGACACUUUUACAAGAACGGCAACAGAAAAAAUGUGAAAAAUUGGAAAAUGCUGUCAGGGAAGAUGAGGCAUUGUUUUUUCAAGAAGUUUAUAAUUUGUUUGAGCAGAAUCAGCAAGCAAUGCUGACAUUUCAAGAAUUAGAUGGCAAAAUAAAUACCGUUGCUACUAAAGUAUUGCACUUAGGUGACCAGUUGGAUAGUGUGAAUGGGCCUAGAUCUAGAGUAGUUGAAGCACAUCGUCUACUGGGUCACUUGUCCGAAUUUCUGUCAACAGGACCUUUAGUUUCAUCUGUAUUCACUGACCCAUAUAGGAUUGAUGAAGCUGCUGAUGUUAUCCAGAAAUUGUACUUAAUAUCUCAAGAUUUCCCACAGAAAUUUGAUAAUGUAAAAAGGAAAAUAGAAAGAAAAUAUUGUGAUAUUGAAAAAUUAUUGAUUGAAGAAUUUGUCAGGGCAAUGGAAAAGGGUGAUAAAAAAAGAAUGAAGGAAAUAGCUGUUGUUUUGUCACAGUUCAAAGGAUACUCCCAAUGUGUUGAUGCUUACAUUGACUACAGCCAAGUAAACUGUUUGUCCGGCAAGGAUAUGUUUGCACACCUAUUGUCUUUAUGUGAAUAUAAUUAUGAAAUUAUCCAAAAGGUAUUCAGUAAUCCAGAUCAAGUAAUGGCUAAAUUUGUAUUGAAUCUCUAUCAGUUAAAAAUUGCCGAAUACAUAGAGCAGAAACUGAACUCUAAGCUUGGAACAUAUGGAUAUUUGCAAACUUUAUUUGAACUAUACUCUAAGACUAACCAGUUAUCGAAUGAUUUGGGUAUAUUUAAUAUGGGAAAUGACAAAAACUUUUUGAUAAAACUGACAACAAAUAUCUUCAACAAACAUAUUAGUGAUUACAUCACGAUGGAACUGAAAUGUCUUAAAGAAAGGUGCUCUGCUAAUCUCCAAAAAUAUUAUGAAUCAAAAGGCCACCAGAAGAAGCAAAUUCAGUCUGGCGGCUUCCAGGAUUUGCGGAGGGAUCUUCAAGCAGUUAUAGGAACCAGAGCUAACAUUAACAUUGCUCAGAUUGAGAACUAUGGAGGAGAGACUUUUUUGUCAGAAGAACUUGCUAUCGUGAUACUGCAAGAUACAAAGCAUGCAUUUGAGAGAUGCCAGCUGGUAAAUUCAAACUAAAACCAGUUUAUGUUUUGAUGAACAGAUACCCGAAAACGCUCGACACUCGGCACAGACCGAAUCGCAAGACUUGUGGCAUACUCACUCGUACAGAAAAUCUGUCGAUGUCUGUGAAAUAUUCAAAAGGUUGUCCCAAAAUUAUUUAAAUAGAAAAGUGCUUUAGAUUGUUGUUUAUUGAAUGAUAAAUUACAUAGUUCAGAAUCAAAUUGCCUCCACAACAUUGCUGGCACAUAAGCACUCUUUUGUCGAAGCUUUUCAAGGUAUUUUGCAUGAAUGUUGCUGAAUUUCGGUGAGGCACAGUUGAAUUUCAUAUUCCAUGCAUGUAAUCUUUGCCUUCUAAUAGCCCGAUAACAAUGAACCCAAUGGUGUUACGUCAAAUGGUUCAAGUGGCUAACCUUGAUCACCGAAACGAGAGAGUAAACGACCAGGAAAUGCCUCGCGCAGUAAUUGAAUUAUCCCGGGCGCUGUAUGGCAUCUCUUGAAACUACAUGUUAUCCACAUCACGUUACUCAAAUACAGCUGAACGAAGUCAACAAGCAGUCGUGCAUUGAUGGAGGAAACCCAAUGUGUACCAACGGAAUUUACCCACAUUUUUACGCAACAUGGUUAUGAAAUAGAAGGCCGAUGAGGCUCUUUUCCUAAAGUGUUAUUGCAUAACAUAACCUAAAGGUGCACGCCAAUUGAGGGGAUUAGAAGCGAUUUGUGUCGCGCGAAACUAUCAAUCAACAAUGUUCGAAGUCUUAGAGAGGCAGCCCUUAUUUCAAGCAUUAUCGAGUGACAUUUUUACGCGCCAAGUUGCUUCCCUUCCUCUGGAUGAGCAUGCACCUCUAUUCUGUGUACUUUAUGAUUCAGUUGGUAAAUAACAAUUUAAAGCUAAACACUCUAUUUGUUUCAAAUCUUGUCUACAUUUUGGGAUGCCCUUUAUAUUAUUCAAUUCUCUUGUUGCGUCACGGUCUCCUGUCUUAGUCUUUGCGUGGGGCACCUUAAUAUAUAGUAUCAAGUAUAAUCGUGUAUCUGUAUCCUAAAUAUGUAUAUGUCUGUGAGUUCCUAAUACUACCAUAAAAUAUAAAUUACUAUUUUAUCCAGCUUUCCAAGCCAAAUGAGCGAGCUGCAAAUGCUACCCAAAUUUUGGAUAGACUCAUAAAUAGCUUAUUGAUAGAACACGUCGACUAUGCUGUAGAAUUGGGCCUGCAAGCUAUACCAGUGGUGGAAGGAACAAAAAAUCCGCCUGUUGUAUACUUUUUCACCAUUGUUUACCAAGCUAACAAUAUCACACAUUUGGUUGAGAAGCAGUUCAUGGACUUGGUGGUCCCACUAGUCGAGUAAGUGUUCAUUUUAUACCUAUUGUGUCGCUAGUGUUCCAAUAAGUGUAAAAUAAUCAUCAUUCUAUCAUUCCACUUUUCGACUCAGCCAAUCGAUAAUGUGUGUGGUAAUUAAAAAAACCACUUGGCAAGCAUCCAAGUCUCUGGAAGGCGGCAUCUGUAGGUUAGUACCAUGUUACUUCACAUUAUUUAUCUACAAGACAGCUUCACCGUAUACCGCUACCACCAGAGAGAAGAGAAGGCCAACGAAUUUUCCCUGCAAUAAGUUCUAGCUCGUAUAACCACACAAAAUAUGUUUAUUGUCC